AUGACGUCUCUUCGCUCAAUUCUUAGAAAGCUAGACAAGGACGAUAUUAUGGAGAGCAUUGUGGUGUCGAACAUUCCUCCAGGUACCAAAGAAGAAGCGCUUGUUAUUCAUUUUCAGCAGCGUAAACAUGGCGGCGGAGACGUGUCGGCGAUAAAACUCACACAGAAUGGAGACAAGGCCAUCAUUACAUUUGAAGAUGAAGAAAGUAAGUUGUGAGUGGAUAAAUUCCACGUUCUACCUUACCUUGUUUAUUUCUUUUUCUUGUCACUUGGGCGAUCGAAGAUUAUCGACCUAUUGUCAUACAGUCCAACGACUCCAGACAGAAAACAAUAGGUGGAAGCGUGCUCUUUGUGUCUUUUCUACAAUAAAUUUGCAUCGAAGAAAAAUAGACCUCACACGCUGCUUUAAUUUGAUGGCCUUUUUUACGAUUCUCACACAAUUGCAAGUAAAUAGGAGAGCAACUGCACAAUAAUUCGUAAAGCUUAGCAGCGAGGAUUAUUGUGAGUGCAGUAGAAUGAAGCAUCCGUAAAAAUUGUGGACUGUGGACUGCGGAUUACGGACUGUGGAGUGGAUGUAAACCGCCCCCCCCGGGGGGUACUUCCUAGUGGUAGGCUAAUGGGUAUGUGCCGCUGGAUGGGGUCGCAUUUUCACGAGUGGAUUGACUCUUAUGGGGUUGCUUUUUUGUUCAAGUUACUAGAACACUUAUGUCCAGGAUAUCUUUACUAGAAUGGGGUCACACAUCGGACUUUGGGGGUCGGAAAAUUUAGGUGUGUAAGGAUUUAAAAAUAGAAAGAUUUACACGUCAUUAAGUUUAACAAAUAUGUCAGUUCAUUUCAGGGUGACCUGGUUUAAAGGCUUUAUAAGCUAGAUACAUAAACAUAAAGUGACCAAGUUGGGAUUGCGAAAGUUUCUUUUUUCCCAAAGUGACUAAUAUGGGGUCUACAAUAUGGCCACAGAAUAGACUAUUAUGGGGCAGGCAUUCUGAAAGCCCAGCGGUACAUACCCAAGAAAAAUUAACCCAAGUAACCAGUAACCCCCCUGCGCCCCCGCCCCCCCGGGUGUAAAACACGGACAAGUAGCUACAAGUAUUAAACUACGGACAGGGUAUAAGGAAAGAACUAAGUAUAAAACAAACUCCAGGAAGGGAAACAGCUCCAGGAAGGGAAAACGAGUCGUAGCCGUAGUCGUAGUCGUAACCUUCCACAAAACAUUCCUUUUGAUCGUCACGCAAUCGCUUCUGUCCAGCCUUCUUGUCGUUUAUGAACCUCAGUCCCAACCACAGUGCCAUUGCCAUUGUCACUACCACUCUCACUACCACACUACCCGUCACUGCCACUACCUCUGAAGCUACUACCAUUACCACUGCGACUACGACUGCCGCAGUCACCGCCACUGUCACUACCAAUACCACUAAAAAAUUAUCUAUUAUCUUCUCAUCUAUUUAAUUUCAUUGGUUGUAGCUGUACGCACAGUUCUUAACACAGAGCAUAAGAUUAAGGGAAGUUUGCUCAAGGUUGAUCGUUGUCCAGAGAUAAGGACUAGAACCGCCACGGAGGAGGUAAGUGGAAAUUAUGCCUAGAGCUCGCGCAUUAGCUUUUUAACGAUGAAUGUCUUGCCAGAAAUGCUGGGAUGCAGUUUCCGCUGCCGAUGAUGUUCAAAAUACGAGGUGCGACCCAAAAUGGGUAAUUAUUUUGACUUAAAGCAUCCGUUUACUUCAAGGAAGAAAUGGUCGCCUGAUUAACGCGAUUAUUUGUCGAUAAUCUAACUAUUCUGCAGUGAUUAAUGAAAGUCAAUGUCAAUUAUUCUGUAGAAAAAGUCAGCAGACCCAGCCUCGUACAUGUACUUGCCCUGUGACCCUUCCUUCCUUAUCCGUUUUAUAUGAUCUAAUACGCACUAACCACAACAAAAAAAAGAAAAAACAGAAAACAAACAAAUAAAAAAAAUUUAAUAAAUUAACAUUAAAAUAUUAGAUAACAUUAUAUGAAAAUUUCCCCCCCCAAAACUAAAAAUUUAGUAUAAAUCUCUCUAUAUAUACAAUUAAAAAGGCAAUUAUAAGAUUCAAUUGAAAAAUGUAUUGAAACUAAGUAAUUGAAAUUAUCUUAAAAACGUUAAUUGAUAAGUCAUUCAUGAGUCGUAAAUCUAUAAAUCAUAGGCUUCUUUAAAAAGUAAAGUUUUUAAUUUGCCUUUGAGAGGCUUCAAGCUGGUUUCCAUCCUUAAUGCACUAAUGCAUGUGGAUAUAGCCCUGCCUGAGAACCCCUUAAUACAUGACACACAAACGUUUCUCCUCGAUUUCUGUCCUUUUAGAUCCUGCUUAGGAUAAUUAUUUUGAAUGUUAUGCUCUUCAGGUAUUUUCAGAAGUGGCAGCAAGGUUGGAUCCCAUCAACCUAGGUAUUCAACGAGACGAGUGUAAGCAAAUUUUGGAUAAGAUUGGUUUACCCUUUGAACACAAAGACCAACACUUCUGGAUUCGUGGAUCCCUAAGGGAAAUCAAUGAAUGUCAAAUACUCCUACAAAGAAAUUUACAACAAGAUGAGGAACUUUCUCAUAGAUUAGGCAAAAUUUCAUUAAAAACUGAGUAUGUUCCAGCAGAGAAGGAAACCGUAGUAAGUCCAACUUCGAAGACCCUUAGUAGUGAGAACAAAGCUAUAAUCAUAGCCACGCCGGUUUAUGACGGUCUCACAGAAACGGAUCUUAUCUAUGGGAAAAUGGAAACAGAGGGGGUUAAAGAAAUUGUCCAUCCUAUCAUAUCCGAAAUACAGACGGUUAAGACUGACCGAUUAGCCUUGAGCUUCAUGAGGCAGGUCUAUAUGACACAAAUACAAGACAUCGCCAAGGAAUGCCACGUCUCCUUUGAUGCUGAGAAUUUUGAUACCCAGGUUACAGUGAAACCUAGAAAAGACUGCGAUCCGACUAGAUACAAUGACGCUUGUAGCAGAUUUUUCACUCUUCUUAAUUCAGCCUCACAGGGUAUGGUUACGUGGGAGCUGGAUGAAAAAGGUGGUGACGGGGAAGUGGCCGUUUCUUUGAUCAGACAGCUUUCGUCAGAGUACCCAGUUAUACUUGACAAGCUCCAAGAAAACGGCCCUUUUGUUGUGUACGGAGAUUCUGCAUCGGUCGAGCAAGUAAUGUUGAGGACACAGGAGAGAAUGUGUGAACAUACUGUUGGUGGUGAUGUGCUUUUCGAAGCCCAGCAAAUGGCCGUGGCAGGGCCAGGAAGCGUUUCAAUAGUAACAUAUUCCUAUUGCACGGAGGAUGGUGUCAACUUUUCCUUACGUUACGGUGACAUCACCAGUGAGAAUGUCGAUGCAAUCGUUAACCCUGCAAACGAGUUUCUGCUGCAUGGAGCUGGCCUUGCGAAGUACAUUGUCAGGAAAGGUGGCCCUGAUAUCCAGAGAGAAUCGAAUGAACUGAUAUCAGAAAAACGGCGUGUACGUGGUAGACCAUUGAGGGUGGGUGAAGCAGUCUACACCAAGGCCGGGAAUUUGCCUUGCAAGUACGUCAUACAUGCUGUCGGUCCGGAAUGGGGAAAACAAUCCGAAAAAAAAACAGUUAAUCUGCUUCAAAAGGCGUGCGUCGAGAGUCUUAAAGUGGCAUCUAAGCUGUGCUUAUCUUCCAUCGCCCUACCUGCCAUUAGCUCCGGAGUAUUUAGUGUCCCAAUAGACCUGUGUGCCUCGUCGAUGCUAAAAGGAGUGGAGCAGUACCUGGAACAACUUAAAAAGGCCAAACUACAGAAAAAAGAAGACGCUGAGAAAGCAGAUCUAAAAGAAACGAAAGCGGAAAAGAAGAGAAAUGGAAAGAAAACAAAGAAAGCUCUAGAGGAGAAAACCGGGGGUGUAAGGGAACAAGAAGGUACAACCUUAGCAGACAUUCGUUUCAUACUUAUUGAUGCUGAUGCAAUGGAUAUCUUCCAAAAGGAGUGUGUCAAAAGUUUUAGCGAAAAUCAAACAAACCCAAGCAGUGACGAUGAAAGGCUUUAG